AUGUUUAUUCCAGCUCAAGCGCUUACCUAUGAGGAUGUCGCGAAACUUAGUCCCUUCUAUGAGGAAUAUAGAUCUUUCUGGGAUAUGUCCCCAAAUAUGGAUGAUAUCACUUCCCCUUUAGAUACAUCAACAAACUCUUCACGAUCAAUUGGUCUCAGGUCAGAAUCUGAUCAGUCUCUCUACUCCCCAGAAAUCUCGUCGCUUCCUCCGGUACGUGAUGUCCAGCCAUUCUCUGUUGGAGGCUCCGCAGCAGAAAGACUUCUCGUGGCCGUUCAUGACGGACAUGAGUAUACACCAACCUACAAUACAAUCCCAGAGGCCAUAGCCAGUCAGGCUGCAGUUUUAGAGUAUGAUAAUCCUUGCAAGCAACCCUUACCACCCGUGCAGGAACCCAUUGACAUCUGUGAGCGUGAGUCGUUCGGACUCGACCACAUCGACAGCUUGCUUGGCCAGACACGGUCUUCGCACAAAAAGCUCUUUGGGAGAAACGGUUGGCUCGGGGGAACAGCAGACUUGGGGUAUCUGUCGAGUGAGAAACACAAAUCAAAGAGUCUCAAAGAUCUGCGAAAGAAGAUAGUGGAUGGAUUUACCGAAGGCAUGGCGAAGGCUUCGCUGACAAUCAUUCAUGAACCCCGUGGCAUGGAAGAUCACCUACCACAAUCGACUACUCCUAUCUCACUGAAUCCUCCAAUACAAGCGAUGCUGUAUUCAGAAUUGGAGGUCAUGGUAUGUGUCAGUGCAAAUGCAUUUCUCGUCCAACAAUAUCAUGAAGGUCGACUUUCAGGAGAAUCGAUCAAGAGAAUCAAGGACUACUGGGGAUCUAAGAACAGGCCAUCAGUCGUCGAGUUCCAGUUCGAUCAAGCCACCCAACAGCGCUUGAUCUCAGCAAACAAAAGGUCUUUGAGAUUUAAUGGAGAGAGCUCGACGAAUCCAGUCCUUCUCAGCUCCAACCUCCAUAACUGGAAAGCAAUCGUCAAGGAGAUGAGUAUUCGCACCUUCUGUGCUCCUGACAGUGUAAUCCGCAAGCACAUGCACGAUGUGUAUCAGCUCCUCGACAUGCUGGGAGCCCCCGUUGCCACUUUAGCUGUCUGUCAAAAACUGCACAUACGAGCACUAUCCUUGAUGGGGAACUAA